ACAACAGUUCGACAUGCAAUCGACACUGGCAAUAAUCGACCAGUUCGAAAUUAUUACGGUCGGAAGACCGACAAGCAAAAUAAAAUAGUUACGGAAGAAGUGAAAGAAUUGCUGAACAAUGAUAAAACCGAACCAUCGAAUUCUCCAUGGUCAUCACCCGUCGUACUCGUCUCAAAGAAAUCAGCACGAUCAGCACGAUUCUGUGUAGAUUAUCGGAAGCUUAACGAGGUAACAAAGACAGAUAGUUAUCCACUACCACGGAUUGAAGACAUAUUCGAGCAGCUAGUCGGAGCUACGUAUUAUUCAAAAUUGGAUUUUAAAGGUGGAUACUUCCAAGUGCCACUCGAUAAAAAAGAUCGAGAGAAAACAGCGUUCAGCACAAGAGAAGGCUUGUACCAGUUUAAAGCUUUGCCACAAAAAUUUUUGGGACAUGAAAUCAAUGAAACGGGUAUAAAACCAUUAUCCAAAAGAAUAAAUGCAUUGACGGAUUUGCCACCGUUCAAAUCAGCGAAGGAUAUGUUCAGCUUUGUGAAGGCUGCCGAGUAUUACCGAAAGUUUAUUCCUAACUUUUUACAAAUUGCCUGCCCCCUGUAUCAAUAUGCUCCGGCAGUGGCACGCGUGAAAGAAAAACGAUCUCACGUAAUAGCAUUCAAAUUGACACCGCAGGAUGAAGAAGCGAUAGAUCAGCUGAAGAAAUUUUUGACAAAUGCGCCUAUACUCCAAUUUUCCGAUAACGCGAAACCAUUUGUGGUCCGAACGGAUGCAUCAGAUAACGGAGUAGGAGGUGUAUUACUCCAAGGCGAUAAACCAGUGGCUUAUUACUCAAGAAAGUUAACGAAAACCCAAGCAGGGUGGUCCCCGACGGAACAAGAAUUCGAACCGACGAAACAAGAGUAUGAUGAAAAUGAAAAACAAUCUAAAUCGACACAGCCGGAUACGGCUGAUCAUGUCACAGAUGAUCAGUCGACAAACUAUUCCGCAUCCUCAGUUCAAGGAAACAUGAUUUUGGGAGUUACAACGAGAGCUCAAGCCGCGCAACAAACAUUUUCAAAUGGUUCGACCACGACACAAAACGUUAAUGCGGCUCCCCAGUUAAAGUUCAAAUCGAGUGCAGUCAAUAUUCAAGAUUCCACGAGGAAUGCUACUUAUUUAAGUCAUAAUAUUCAAAAUGAAUUAAUUCAUAUAAUGAGUAGUCAAAUUCGUGAAGAUAUUGCUUUUAUGUUGACUAACUGUAAUUAUGCAUUAAUGGCUGAUGAAUGUCGAGAUAUAAGUGGCAGACAACAACUAUCUAUUGUUAUUAGAUUUGUUCGUGAUGUUAAUGAUCCUAAAAUUGAUGCUUCAAAUGUUGUGAAGGAAUACUUUCUUGGUUUCGUUGCAUUAGAUGAAUUCGAUGCUGAAACAUUAGCCAACAAGAUUGUUGACUUUUUAAAAAGUUUAAAUAUUUCUUUACAUGCAUGCAUCUGUUUAUGUUUUGAUGGAGCAUCGGUUAUGUCUGGUUGUCAUGCAGGUGUCCAUGUUUUACUCAAAAAAUAUAUGCCAGAAAGUAUUUAUAUUCAUUGUUCGGCACAUCGUCUUAAUUUAGUUAUUAAUGACACUUGUAAAGUUGUAUGUUACAUCUCGGAUUAUUUUUCGAUCGUAUCAAAUAUUUAUUCCUUCUUCACUGAAUCCGGUGUAACCAACAUGUAUUUUAAAGUAGCACAGCAAGAAUUAGAUUUAGUUAAAUCUUCUACAUUGAAAUUAUGGGGUUUAACACGAUGCGAUUCUAGAUGGGGAGCAAUUGAUUCGAUUAUUAACAAUUUUCCAGCAAUUAUCAAAGCAUUGGUUGAUAUUAGCGAAGAAGGUGGUGGUUCACGCUCAGUUAAUGCUGGUGGAUUAUUAACACAUGUAAAAAAAUCAAUAUUUAUUAUAACUUCAUUUAUUCUUCAUCAAUUAUUUGGUAUUAUCAAGAUCCUUAGCGAUCAACUGGAAAAUUAUGUAUGUGGUGAAUAUUUAAUAAAAUCUAUCAUUCAACAAAUCAAAGAUCUUUGUAAUGAACAAUCAUUUGAACAAGUUUAUGAUAAAGCAAAAGAGUUUUGUAGUAAAAAUGAAAUUGAACUCGUUCAUCAAUAUCGAUCACAUCGAACAACAAAAGUUCCAGCUAGAUUUGAAGAAUUUAUAGUAGAUUCAACUAUUGUUUAUCCAAAAAGUGAAUAUUUUUUAAAUAUUGAUUAUAUAGAUGAAUUUUGUGCUCAUAUUAGUGCAGAUUCAAAUGCAUUGAAAAAUGAACUUAUUGUUAUCAAACCUAUGGUUCAAUCAAAACAAAUUAAUGAUGUAGUUCAGUUUCUAAAUGAACUCGUUCCUUUUGCAGAUGCAUUUCCACAAACAAUGAAAAUGAUUACAAAUUCAAUAACAAUGCCCAUUUCGCAAGUUACAUGUGAAAGGUCAUUUUCAAAAAUGAAGAUUAUCAAAAAUUAUCUUAGGAAUUCAAUGUCUGAUAAACGAUUAAGUGAUCUUACAGUGCUGGCUAUUGAACGUGAUUUUGAUAUUAAUUACGAAUGA